CUCUCGUUCAUAACUCGCGACCUCUUGAUGUCUUUUUUUUCUUGCUCUACUUUCGCUCUCUUCGCAUCUCUCUACCAACACUCAUUUAUCGUGCUCGCAGCCCCCAAACUGCUCCCAUCUUUUGCAAAGUAUUUUAAGCUCAACUCUGCUUGCCACACCAUAUUCCACCUGCGACCCGUUUCUUGAUCCCGUGCGAGUCAAAUUUACCACUCGAUUAUAGACAUUAGCACGGCCUCUCACUGCGCCGUUGAUCCGACGGUGUGCAUUUACGAGAUUCGAUCUGUCACCCAACACAAACGUGCUGUCUCUCCAGUUGUGGCAGUGGCACCUACCGACAACGCCUCCGAAUCCUCCUCAGCUUCUAUUAUGUAUUCGGGAAACAUAUUGAUCAUCUGUGCGGCAGUGCUGGGAUCCCUGCUGUUGAUCGUUGCAUUGAUCCUCUUUUACGUCUGUAUGAAGCGCCGACGCGCUGCCCAUCGGAUUGGUCACUUGCAAGGAUUCUUGCCUACAUUCAUGGAUGAGAAAGCAGCGGACGAGUACUUCAAGAAGCAAGUGACAGCACUGCCCUCGGCAUCGACGUUUGUGCCUCCACCCUCCAGCGUCCAUCAUCGAAUGCGAUCAGAACCGGCUGAUUUUACCAAGGGUGAAUGCGUAGAUCGAACCAACAACAACAAUCGGUCCGAUUCGAGUGAGCAGUUCCAGCAGAUCUUGUUAACUGAGGGCACCUACUCUGAGAGUGACGAUGAGAUCGCCCUCAAGGGAUCACUAUUGAGCGCUUCACGGACCAGAGCCACGACUAUUACGAUACCUACGAUAACGCUGCACCGCAGCGUCAGUUUGAACCACCACCGUAACUUGGGUUACACCAGCCGCUCGGCACCCAUGAAUGAAGAAAGUGCGCAAGAUUCACAAGACACCGAUCCACUUCCAACAUCGGUCAAGAUCCGUUUUGCGGACGGACAGGCUCCCACCAGAUCCUCGAUUUCCAAGCAAUACAGCAGCUCGAACAUGUUCUCUGCCAGCAUGAGCUAUCCCUCUCAUCGCAGAUCGAGUUCCUCAGCCAUGGAAUUCGAUCUUAUACAGUUCUCAUCUUCUUCGACGUCGUUCGAGUCCAAGCGACAUGCCAACCAUCCGCACGCUGUGGAGUCAGAUGAAAGCGAUGAUGAUGAUGACGCUGCCUCUACCGUGUCCUCCGAUGGAUUCGACCAUGACCAUUUGCCCGCGCACCAAAUACACCAAAACUUUGAAGAGCACAGUCCAUAUAUCAGCGAUAAACAAGUGCUGGACGAGGACCAGGAGGUGCUCCGAUAUGCUGUUGCUCAGCAUCCAUCUCUUUCAUUUCGCCAUUCCCAAGGCAUUGCCUAUUCCACUCCGCCCAUGAAUGUGCCAAUUCGAGUGGCACAAGGAAUUGCAUUCAAGGGCAACCCUCCAAUAUUCCCUUCUCGCAGCGGCUGCACGGAACACAUGGUAGCAGGCAUACACCGGAGACGUUGCAGUAGUGAAUAAUCUAGGCAUGUUGACAAACAAUGCCUGUACAAAAUUGUACACUUUACAAAAGUAACAUCCAGUUCAGUAACAUGGUCUCAUGAGCAACCAAAGCUUCUACCGAUGUAUAUACCAG